AUGCGGCGUAUCUGGCCCCGUUGGCAUGCUAAAUGGUCACGGCUAUCUUCGCAUCUCAAUGAGUCUAUCUCCGGCAUCCGUGUCGUAAAAGCCUUCGCGCAGGAAGACCGAGAGGCGAUGCGCUUCAAUACGCGGAACGAGGAACUGUGGGCUGUGAGUGUUACCGGUGAACGAAACUGGCACAUCUUUUUCGCUGUGAUGAAUUUCCUCCUCGGUUUCGGGAUGUUCUUCAUCUGGUACUUUGGCGGAAUGCAGAUUUUACGCGAGGAGCUAACAUACGGCAUACUCUUGGCAUUUACUCGUUAUCUCUGGCAACUCUAUCGCCCUUUGCAGUUCUUCAGUCAAAUCAAUAACUUUAUAACCCGUGCAUUCGCCGGUGCCGAACGGAUUUUCGAGAUUCUUGAUACACGGUCUGAGUUAUCUGAGGAUCCAGAGGCGACCCCCAUGCCCCAAAUGGAAGGGCGGGUGGCUUUCAAGGAUGUCACAUUCGGCUAUGAUCCGGGCAAACCAGUUCUCAACGAGAUUAACCUUGAUGUGAAACCGGGCGAGAUGAUCGGAUUGGUGGGCAAAUCUGGGGUGGGAAAAAGCACCAUGAUCAACCUGAUUUGUCGGUUCUACGAUGUGAAUCGCGGCAGCAUAAAUAUCGAUGGCGUGGAUAUACGGAAGAUUCGUUUGGAAGAUCUACGCCGCCAUAUCGGCAUGGUCCAUCAAGAUAUUUUCCUCUUCGACGGCACAAUCGCCGAAAAUAUCGGUUACGGUAAGCCGGGAGCGACCUUGGAUGAGAUCGUCAACGCAGCGAUUGCAGCAGAAGCGCAUGAAUUCAUCUCCAUCAAACCGGACGGGUAUGACACGAAGGUGGGUGAGCGCGGGGGGCAACUCUCCGGCGGCGAAAAGCAACGAAUCGCCAUCGCACGGGCGGUUUUGCACGACCCGAAGAUCCUGAUCCUCGACGAAGCGACCUCUUCGCUUGACAGUGCCACGGAGAAAAAGAUUCAAGCAGCCAUCGCCCGGUUAGUCAAAGGGCGAACAACCUUUGCAAUUGCACACAGGCUCUCCACCCUGUACAACGCGGAUCGGCUAAUUGUAUUGGAUGACGGUAAGGUUGCGGAGGUCGGGACACACGAAGAACUGAUGGAUCGGAAGGGGAUCUUUUAUAACCUUGUCCAUACGCAGCAACAAACAUCGGCAAUCGUGGCGGUCGGUGGUGGCAAGGAUGACCCAUCUCAGGACGGGCGAUAA